AUGGCGGCCGCCUUCGCCACACUUCUCACUCUAUUGGCAGUCCAGCAGGUAGGGCGCAUCCGCAACUGUUUUGCUGACUCCAGCGCUGCCGUCCUGGCCGGGGAUCUAUCGUGGGGUCACCACCACCAUAAGUCACCCACUGUCGUCGAGGUGGUGCGGUAUGGGCAGGCCUGCCCGUGCGCCAAGACGCUGCCGUUCGAGCUGGAGGUGCCGGUGAAGCCCAAGGACCCGGCGCUGCACACGUACGGCUACGCCAUAGAGGCGCCGCCCCCGCGGGAGCCGCUGCCGCUCUACAGCUACGACUACGAGCUGGAGGUGCCCGUCAAGAAGCACCCGCCCAUCAAGCGCACGUACGGCUACGAGGUGCAGGCGCCGCCGGCGCGCGAGCGGCUGCCGCUCUACAGCUACGACUACGAGCUGGAGGUGCCGGCGCGCAGCCCCGACCCGCCCAAGCUGCACAACCUGGAGACGCGGCUGGAGCGCGUGCUGCUGCCCAAGCACGACUGCCCGUGGCACGCCCAGGCCGACGCCCUGCUGCGCUCCCCCCGGGGGCUCGUCCACGGCCGCGGCUGGGGGCGGGGCGACGGCUACGGCCUCGUCGAGCCCGACGAGGAGGCGGGGGCGGGCCGCGUCGUGCCGCUGGCCGGCCCCACGCGCAUCCUGUCCACCUCCGGGCCGGCGCUCGCCCCCAGGGAGGAGUUCUACGACAGCGGCAAAACCUACGAGGUGGUGCACAGUUCCCCGCUCGCUCUGAUCUCCGGAGGCGACGGCGGCCGCCUCGGCUUCUACCCUGAGGACCUGGCUGGGCUGACGAAGCCCUGGUCCCCCCUGCCGGGGCCCGCCUACCUGGCCGGGUCGGUGCUGGGCCGCGACUUCCGCAGUGACCUCCACUUCGCCCCGGAGAGGCCGCGCAUCCAAGACGAGCCGGCAGCGGGACGCUACGUGGUGAACAGACCGUGCCACGGGUAGUACCGUCGAGUCUGCCGGAGGAGACGGCGUGGAAUGCCGGCACGGAGAGUGUGGCCGCAGUCUGGAAUGCCCACGCCCGAACAUAGAAACACUAAAUAAUAGUGACACCACCAAACACUCCACCCCACACGCCUUCCAACGUCCCUCAUCAAGACUGCACUAGUGUUGAACAGCUGUGUUCCUCACUCAAGCAGUUGGGAUACUUUUGUAAGGAAAGGCAUUCAUUGGCCAACUGUUCAUCAAAGCUAAGGUCGCAAAAUAAUUAUU